GGCGUCACUCAUCCAGGCAGAGCAAGGCUCUCGCGGGGUGGGGGCUGGCGCAGUGUCUCUUCUCAAGCACCGGGCGCUCCCAGCCACAACCUGCCCCGAAAAGUGGCGGGAGUACCUGAGCGCGGAGGCAGCGGCGCGAAGCUUCUUCGCUGCUGCUUCUGAGAAGAUGGACAUCCUCAGCCUAGCGCUUCUGCUCCCUUUGGUAGCCGCGUUGGACUUCAGCUACCACCGCACGAAGGAGCUGGAAGCUUUCCUGAAGGCUGUGUACAAGAAUCAUGCUUCCAUCACUCACUUAUAUAGUGUGGGCAAGUCAGUAGAAGGUAGAGACCUGUGGGUUCUUGCUCUGGGAAGGUUUCCAACCCAACAUAAGAUUGGCAUACCAGAGUUCAAGUAUGUUGCUAAUAUGCAUGGGGAUGAGGCAGUUGGGCGGGAGCUGUUGCUCCAUUUGAUAGACUUUUUGGUGACCAGUGAUCAGCAUGAUCCAGUCAUUACAAAACUCAUUGACAGCACCCGUAUACAUAUCAUACCUUCGAUGAACCCUGAUGGAUUUGAAGCAGUAACAGCUUUUAGCUGUAACCCCCCUGCUGGCAGGUACAAUGCUAAUAAGAAAGAUCUGAACAGGAACUUUCCUGAUGCCUUCAUUAAAAAUAAUCCCAAAGUCCAGCCAGAGACUCGGGCACUGAUGGAUUGGAUGAAGAAUGAGAUGUUUGUCCUUUCUGCUAAUCUGCAUGGUGGAUCACUGGUUGCAAGUUACCCUUUUGAUAAUGGCAAUUCACUUACUAUUACUCCAAAUGAUGAGAGCAAAACUCUGGAUAAUGAUGUUUUUGAGCACCUUGCAAGAAUAUACUCUACUAACCAUGCCACGAUGCAUGAAGGGUCUGCAUGUCAAAAUGGAGAAUAUUUUCUGGAUGGCAUUACAAAUGGAUAUAGAUGGUACCAGGUAGAAGGUGGUAUGCAGGAUUAUAACUAUAUCUGGGGACAGUGCUUUGAAAUUACUGUGGAAGUAUCAUGUUGUAAAUUUCCACAACAAGAUGAGCUUUCAUCCUUCUGGAAUGACAAUAAAGCUGCUUUGAUCGAAUAUAUUAAACAAGUUCAUCUAGGUGUAAAAGGUCGUGUUUUGGAUAAGAAUGGAGAACCUAUUCCAGGUGCCAUUGUGGAAGCUGUAGAUAGAAGGCAUAUAUGCCCUUACAAAACCAAUCGAAAUGGAGAAUAUUAUCUUCUCCUCCUGCCUGGGACCUACACACUUAAUGCAACAGCACCUGGAUCUAGAUCAUUGCUGCGGAAAAUGCAUAUACCAAAUGGCAUAGGAAACUUCAGUGCCCUCACAUACGACUUCAUUUUCCCUGAGUUACAUACCAGAGGAGAGCCCGGUUCUUGCCCUACAAAGCCACUUUAUUCUUCAAAUGAUCACAGAAGCAUGUCUACUACACUGAGUACUGCUAUUAGCUCCUUGAUUUUAAUUAAUAUCUUCUAUGCAGUGAUCAGAUAAAAAAUAAUUAUGCAUGUUCUUUUGAAA